CGACUCCACUAUUCUGGUCACGCUAAUGUUGUUCAUGACACACGUGUAGAGCAGGGGGACAUACUGAACUGAGAGGCAGAGUGUGUCGGAAUCUGGACAUUUUCGACGGAGCGUCAAAAAGCCAUCAGCCGACAGCUAGACGUUUGGUUCUGGGAAAAGGAGAACGUUUCAGCGGUCGGGGGGAAAAGAACGGGUGUCGUAUUUCGCUCGUAUGAGGGAAGGGUGUAGAUGGGACUGUCUCAGCUCUGAGCCAUGGAAUGCCCCCUCCGUCCGCCACUAGCCUGCUCUUCUCCACAGACUGACUUCCAGACGCUGAGUUAACGACACGUUGCUCCCCUCCAACUGAACACAACCAGGAAGGGGAAGAAGUCACAGCGGAGCUUCGUACGCACAGAGGAAAGGAUUUUCAGCUCCUCUCCAACAUAUUAACAGCUAGCUCACCUUAGUUGGGGUUAGUUUUCCCUUGUCUUCUCUGUGGAUUUGGGAUUUUUUUUUAAUAGAGAGUCAAGAUGGUGGAUUUAGAGGAGUACCUGUGGAUGGUGAUCCUGGGCUUCGUCAUAGCCUUCAUCCUGGCCUUCUCUGUGGGGGCCAACGACGUGGCCAACUCGUUCGGGACGGCGGUGGGGUCGGGGGUGGUGACUCUGAGACAGGCCUGUAUCCUGGCGUCCAUCUUUGAGACGUUGGGUUCCAUGCUUCUUGGAGCCAAGGUGGGGGAGACCAUACGGAAGGGCAUCAUAGACGUCAACCUAUACAACGAGACGGUGCCUGUUCUCAUGGCAGGGGAGGUCAGCGCCAUGGUCGGGUCAGCGAUUUGGCAGCUCAUCGCCUCGUUCCUCAAACUACCCAUCUCCGGGACGCAUUGCAUCGUGGGAUCGACCAUCGGGUUCUCCAUGGUGGCCAUCGGUACCAAGGGUGUCCAGUGGAUGCAGCUGGUCAAGAUUGUUGCGUCCUGGUUCAUCUCUCCCUUGCUGUCUGGACUGAUGUCGGGAUUCCUCUUCUUCCUCAUCAGACACUUCAUCCUCAGUAAGGAUGACCCUGUCCCCAACGGCCUCCGUGCCCUGCCAGUGUUUUACGCCUCAACGAUAGGCAUCAACGCCUUCUCCAUCCUCUACACUGGUGCUCCAUUGCUAGGUCUGGAGAUGUUACCGGUGUGGGCUAUAGCUCUGAUCACGUUGGCAGGGGCUCUGGUCUGUGCUGCCGUGGUGUGGUUCGCUGUCUGCCCCUGGAUGAGACGGAAAAUUUCAAGUCGUAUGAAGAAGGAGCACGCUGCCCUGUCACGCAUCUCAGACGAGUCCUUAGAUCAGAUCCCAGAGGAGGAGGAGGACACUCCCGUGUUCAAGGAGCUACCGGGCGCCAAGGGGACGGAGGACGCUGUGCUGCCGUUAACCGGUGGUACCGGAGUAGAGUCACGGAGAGGAGAGGUCACCGGGGAGCUCAACAGCCUGGCCAAUGGAGGCACUGUCCUGCCCAACGGACGGGUCUACGGGCGGACCCACUCCAUGACCAACGGUACCCUGUCCAUGUCCAAGUCCCCGCUGUCCAACGGCAGCUUCACCUUCGGAGGGGAACACAUCCGCAGCGACGGUCAAGUGUACCACACGGUUCACAAGGACUCUGGUCUCUACAAAGACCUGCUCCACAAGAUCCACCUGGGACGGCUGGAGGACGACCACUCCGCCCCCACGCCAGACAACAACUACCGCCUGCUGCGUCGCAACAACAGUUAUACCUGCUACACGGCCGCCAUCUGUGGCAUGCCGGUCCAGCCGCUGCUCCGCUCCGAGUCCCGAGAGUCCCGCGAGGCACGAGAAGACAGUGAGAAGCUGGUGGGGGAGGGGGAGAGGUCUGGGAGCGUGUCCUACACCAAGAAGAGGGUCCGCUACGACAGUUAUUCAUCGUACUGUAACGCUGUGGCGGAGGCCGAGAUCGAGGCGGAAGAGGGCGGCGUGGAGAUGAAGCUGGCGUCUGACCUCGGGGGCGAGGAGGCAGGGGUGCCGGGGGCUCCCGUCCCACUGGAUGACUCCGCAGAAGAGGAUGAAGGGGAUAAGGACAAGCCGACCGUCUACCUGCUCUUCCACUUCCUGCAGAUCCUCACCGCAUGCUUUGGAUCCUUCGCUCACGGAGGCAACGACGUCAGUAACGCCAUCGGCCCGUUGGUGGCGCUGUGGAUGAUCUAUGACCAAGGCGGGGUGAUGCAGGACGCUGCCACCCCCAUCUGGCUGCUGUUCUACGGGGGCGUAGGAAUCUGCUGCGGCCUGUGGGUCUGGGGGCGCCGGGUGAUCCAGACCAUGGGCAAGGACCUCACCCCCAUCACACCUUCCAGUGGGUUUUGCGUUGAAGUAAUGAGUGCUCUGUCAGUGCUUGUUGCUUCUAAUGUGGGCAUCCCAAUAAGCUCCACCCACUGCAAGGUGGGCUCGGUGGUAGCGGUUGGCUGGAUCCGCUCCAAGAAGGCGGUUGAUUGGCGGUUGUUCCGUAACAUCUUCCUGGCGUGGUUUGUCACAGUGCCAGUAGCCGGGCUGUUCAGCGCCGCGGUCAUGGCCCUGUUUGUCUACGGCAUCCUCCCUUACGUCUGAGGAAGAGAGGAGAGAGGGAGAAAAGACGAGAUGGAGAGAGAGAGUGGGAGAGGGGAUGGUAAAGAAAGAGGAGAUGCAAAGAAUGAGGCUAGUAGGAGAAAAGAGAUGGACGGAGUGGUUAAUUAAACUGUCUAGAGGGGAGAAGAAAAGAGAAUUAGAUCACACGCUGCCUGGGUUCUAGUCCUGAAGAGGGUUAGAUCACACGCUGCCUGGGUUCUGGUCCUGAAGAGGGUUAGAUCACACGCUGCCUGGGUUCUAGUCCUGAAGAGGGUUAGAUUACAUGUUGCCUGGGUUCUAGUCCUGAAGAGGGUUAGAUCACACGCUGCCUGGGUUCUAGUCCUGAAGAGGGUUAGAUCACACGCUGCCUGGGUUCUGGUCCUGAAGAGGGUUAGAUUACAUGUUGCCUGGGUUCUAGUCCUGAAGAGGGUUAGAUUACAUGUUGCCUGGGUUCUGUUCCUGAAGAGGGUUAGAUUACAUGUUGCCUGGGUUCUGGUCAAGAGACUUGUUGACUUCUAUGCUGAAGGAAUCUUGUUUUAUUUUUUUAUUUUUAUUUUAUUUUUUGCAUAAAGAAAACUAAUAUGUUCAAUCUUAUAAAACAACCUGCUGUACAGACGCAUAUUACCGACAGACGUGUUACGGACGGGCGUGUUACGGACGGGCGUGUUACGGACGGGCGUGUUACGGACAGACGUGUUACGGACAGACGCGUUACGGACAGACGCGUUACGGACAGACGCGUUACGGACAGACGCGUUACGGACAGACGCGUUACGGACAGACGCGUUACGGACAGACGCGUUACGGACAGACGCGUUACGGACAGACGUGUUACGGACCGAUAUACGUUAAGACACUAGGAUUCUACUGUUUUACAGGCAAUAAUAUGAAAGAUAAAUGCAGUCUACACAAUGUUUCGAUCAUCACUAGUUAACACAGUUAAAAUGAUAUCUCAUCUUUAUAUAUAUAUAUAUAUAUCUUUUUUAUUGCGUUAUUAGCGGCUGCCUGCAGUAGGAAACCGCGGUGUAGUUGGUUCAGUAGUUAUCCUUAAUGCCCAAAAGAAAAAUUGUACAUAUUGUAAUAUUGGAUUAUUUGAGUGCGAUUUGUUAUACUGCAGCUUAGCUUUAAAACAAAAGAUGUGUGUCGUUCAACCAAACCACUCUGACCCUUCAUAGCCUACCAUUACCGUUACUGCCCUUACAUGCUAGACAGGAAGGAAGUUACUGCCCUUACACGCUAGACAGGAAGGAAGGUCUUGUUGCCACGGCGACCAUAAAACCCUCCCGGGGUGCUGAGAUUGCAAUUUUUUUAUUUUUUUUCCAGAUAUACAGUACCAGUCAAAAUUUUGGACACCUACUAAUUCAAAGAUUUCUCUUUAUUUUUACUAUUGUCUACAUUGUAGAAUAAUAGUGGAGACAUCAACACUAUGAAAUAACAAUGGAAUCAUGUAGUCACCAAAACAAAGUGUUACAAAUCAAAGUGUAUUUUAGAUUCUUCAAAGUAGCCACCCUUUGCCUAAAUGACAGCAUUGCACACUCUUGAUAUUCUCUCAACCAGCUUCACCUGGAAUGCUUUUCCAAUAGUCUUGAAGGAGCUCCCACAUGCUGAGCACUUUCUUCACUCUGCGGUAUCCCAAACCAUCUCAAUUGGGUUGAGGUCGGGUGAUUUUGGAGGCCAGGUCAUCUGAUGCAGUACUCAUCACUCUCCUUAUUGGUCAAAUAGCCCUUGCACCGCCUGCAGGUGUGUUGGAUCAUUGUCCUGUUGAAAAACAAAUGAUAGUCCCACUAAAUGCAAACCAGAUGAGAUGGCGUAUCGCUGCAGAAUGCUGUGGUAGCCAUGCUGGUUAAGUGUGCCUUGAAUUCUAAAUAAAUCACAGACAGUGUCACCAGCAAAGCACCAUCACACCUCCUCCUUGCUUCAUGGUGGGAACCACACAUGCGGAGAUCAUCCGUUCACCUACUCUGCUUCUCACAAAGACAUGUCGGUUGAGACCAAAAAUCUCACUUUUGGACCAAAGGACAGAUUUCCACCAGUCUAAUGUCCAUUGCUCAUGUUUCUUGGCCCAAGCAAGUCUCUCCUUAUUGGUGUCCUUUAGUAGUGGUUUAUCUUCUGUAUACCACUCCUACCUUGUCACAACACAACUGAUUGGCUCAAACACAUUAAGAAGGAAAGACAUUUCACAAAUGAUCUUUUAACAAGGCACACCUGUUAAUUUAAAUGCAUUCCAGGUGACUACCUCAUGAAGCUGGUUGAGAGAAUGCCAAAAGUGUGCAAAGCUGUCAUCAAGGCAAAGGGUGGCUACUUUGAAGAAUCUCAAAUAUAAAAUAUAUUUUGAUUUGUUAACCUGUCUAGGAUGAGAGUGCCGCUAGCGGCACUCCCCCCCCACCCCCACUGAAAAGGCAGAGCCGCGAAAUUCAAAAAAAAUAUAUUUUUAAAAUAUUUAACUUUCACACAUUAAAGUCCAAUACAGCUAAUGAAAGACACAGAUCUUGUGAAUCCAGCCAACAUGUCCGAUUUUUUUAUUUUUUUUACAGGGAAGACACAAUAUGUAAAGAUGUAAAUCUAUUAGCUAAAAACACAUUAGCAUAAUCCACCAUUUUUCUUUGUCCACCAACAACAGUAGCUAUCACUAAUUCGGCUAAACUAAGAUAUUUAUAGCCCCUAACCAAGAAAAAAACUCAUCAGAUGACAGUCUGAUAACAUAUUUAUGGUAUGGGAUAGGUUUUGUUAGAAAAAUGUGCAUAUUUCAGGUAGAUGGCAUAGGUUACAAUUGCACCCACCGUCACAAAUGGACUAGAAUAACUACAUAGAGCAAUGUGUUUACCUACUUACUAAUCAUCAAACAUUUCGUAAAAAUACACAACAUACACUAAUCGAAAGACACAGAUCCUGUGAAUACAGACAAUAUUUCAGAUUUUCUAAGUGUCUUACAGCGAAAACACAAUAAAUCGUUAUAUUAGCAUAGCACAUGUGCAAACAUUACCCCAGCAUUAAUUCUAGCCAAAGUGAGCGAUAACGUAAACAUCGCCAAAAUAUAUUAUUUUUUUCACUAACCUUCUCAGAAUUCUUCAGAUGACACCCCUGUAACAUCACAUUACAACAUGCAUAUACAGUUUGUUCGAAAAUGUGCAUAUUUAGCCACCAAAAUCAUGGUUAGACAAUGGGGAAAGUAGCCCAGCUGGUGAGAAAAUGUCCGUGCGCCAUAUUAGACAGUGAUCUACUCGUAUACAUAAAUACUCAUAAACGUGACUAAAAAAUAUAGGGUGGACAGCGAUUGAUAGACAAUUUAAUUCUUAAUACAAUCGCGGAAUUACAUUUUUUUAAUUAUCCUUACUUUUCAAUACAGUUUGCGCCAAGCGAAGCUACGUCAAAAAACAUGGCGUCCUAAGCCACUAACAUUUUUCGACAGAAACACGAUUUAUCAUAAUAAAAAUUUCCUACUUUGAGCUGUUCUUCCAUCAGUAUCUUGGGCAAAGGAUCCUUUCUUGGGUCUAAUCGUCUUUUGGUGGAAAGCUGUCCUCUUGCCAUGUGGAAAUGCCAACUGCGUUCAGCAUGAACUGGAAGCGUGCCCAGCGAUUCACAGCGUUUCAGAAAUAAAUGUCCCAAAAUCGCACUAAACGGAUAUAAAUUGCUAUAAAACGCUUUAAAUUAACUACCUUAUGAUGUUUUUAACUCCUAUAACGAGUCUUAACAUGACCGGAGAAAGAUUACUCCCAACACUAAUGCUUGGAACAGGUGCGGGUCGGUGUCCUCCAGGCGCAUGACGCAGCUCCAAAAGAGUGACUAGCUACAGGGUUUUUUAAUUUAUAGUGCCUGUGAACGCGCAAUCGACCCCAUUCAAAUCGUCAUCACGUAAAGGCAUCCAGGGGAAGACGUAAGCAGUGUCCGUAUACUCAUAGGAAUAACAUUGGCUUUAAAACUGACUCCAGAACAGUGGCCAAAAUUUCUGAAAUCUGACUCCAUGUCAGGGAAAUUGCUGUAGAAUGGGUUCUGUUCCACUUAGAGACAAAAUUUCAUCUCCUAUAGAAACUAUAGACUGUUUUCUAUCCAAUAAUAAUAAUAAUAUGCAUAUUGUACGAUCAAGAAUUUUGUAGGAAGCCGUUUCAAAAAUUACACGAUUACCAUAAAUAGUGACAACAGCGCCCCCAGCCUCAACAGGUUAAACACUUUUUUGGUUACUACAUGAUUCCAUAUGUUUUAUUUCAUAGUUUUGAUGUCUUCACUAUUAUUCUACAAUGUAGAAAAUAGUCAAAAUAAAAACCCUUGAAUGAGUAGGGUUGUAACCAAACUUUUGACUGGUACUGUAUACAGUAUAUAUAUAUUUUUUGGUAUUUUAUUAGGAUCCCUACAAGCUGUUGCUGAAACAUCAGCUACUUUUCCUGGGCUCCACAUGAAACAUGACGUCAUACAGAACAUUAAUUGACAAGGACAGAUGUUACCGUAGAAACCAGUUACCAGAAGAUGUCCCAAUUUGAACUGCGUUCUGUAUGUUUUAAAGAUGGAUACCCUGUUUUUUAAUGUGUUCUAUAACGUCAUUUUGUACUGUAAACUAUCAUGUGGUUUUCCGUCUAUUAGAUUUUGUAUUUUGUCUUUUUAUGAAUACUUUUUGUUUUCACUCUGGUUGGAGGUAUAGAAUACACCCAUUAUUCUGUCUAA